AGCGUCCUCGCCGGGCGGGGUGCGGGGAGGCCGCGCUGCGCGGCCCUGCCCGGCUCGGGGGCCGCGGGGCCGGCGUGUCCCGGCCCCUCCGCGCCUCGGCCCGGCGGGACGCGAGUGGGCAGCGGGCGCGGUGGAAGUGCCCUGAGGCACCGGCCGCGGGAGGCGCCGCGGCCCGGCGAGCCUCCGGCGGGUCUGUCUGCAGAGGGCGAGUUCUUCCUUGGCUUAUCGGCGUAACGCCGGGCCGGGAACCCGCCGGUCUGUCAUUCUUGGGCGAGAUAAUUUUCGGUUUUCAAAUACGAGAACUCCUGCUGCAUCAGCCUGAACGUGAUUAUGUAAUGAGGUCGGAGCUGAUCCUGGAUCCUGUGGUAUUUCUGUACUGCAGAGAUGAGCUCUGUGGCGACAGACAAGGUUGCAGGCAAGCUGAGCUCCACUCUCUCAUGGGUGAAGAACACGGUAUCGCACACCGUCAGUCAAAUGGCCAGCCAGGUGGCGAGUCCAUCUGCCUCCCUCCACACCACGUCCCCCUCCACCACUCUGUCCACACCCGCCCUGUCACCAUCCUCACCAACACAGCUGAGCCCAGACGACUUGGAAUUACUUGCUAAACUUGAGGAACAGAACAGACUCUUGGAAACAGAUAGCAAAUCCUUACGCUCAGUAAAUGGGUCAAGAAGAAAUAGUGGAUCUUCUCUUGUAUCUAGUUCAUCAGCUUCUAGCAAUCUCAGCCAUCUUGAAGAAGACUCGUGGAUCCUGUGGGGGCGGAUUGUGAAUGAAUGGGAAGAUGUACGGAAAAAGAAAGAAAAGCAAGUUAAGGAGCUGGUCCGAAAAGGGAUACCUCAUCACUUCAGAGCAAUUGUUUGGCAACUUUUAUGCAGUGCUCAAAGCAUGCCAAUUAAGGAUCAGUAUUCAGAGCUUUUAAAAAUGACAUCUCCUUGUGAAAAAUUAAUAAGAAGGGACAUUGCUAGAACAUACCCUGAGCAUGAUUUUUUCAAAGAAAAAGAUAGCCUUGGGCAGGAGGUCUUGUUCAACGUGAUGAAGGCUUACUCUUUGGUGGAUCGUGAGGUUGGAUACUGUCAAGGAAGUGCUUUUAUAGUUGGAUUACUGCUUAUGCAGAUGCCAGAAGAAGAGGCAUUCUGUGUGUUUGUUAAAUUAAUGCAAGAUUACAGACUACGAGAACUCUUUAAACCAAGCAUGGCUGAACUGGGCCUUUGUAUGUACCAGUUUGAAUGCAUGAUACAGGAACAUCUUCCAGAGCUUUAUGUGCACUUUCAGUCUCAGAGUUUUCACACUUCUAUGUAUGCAUCGUCAUGGUUUUUAACUAUAUUCCUUACAACUUUUCCACUACCAAUUGCAACAAGAAUAUUUGAUAUCUUUAUGUCUGAGGGUUUAGAGAUAGUAUUUCGAGUAGGUUUAGCAUUACUUCAGAUGAACCAGGCAGAAUUACUGCAACUUGACAUGGAAGGAAUGUUACAGCACUUUCAAAAGGUCAUUCCACAUCAGUUUGACAGUGGUCCAGACAAAUUAAUCCAAGCAUCUUACCAAGUCAAAUAUAAUGCAAAGAAGAUGAAAAAGCUAGAAAAAGAGUACACUACAAUAAAGACAAAAGAAAUGGAAGAACAAGUUGAAAUUAAAAGGUUACGAACUGAAAAUAGACUCCUAAAACAGCGCAUUGAAACACUAGAAAAAGAAAGUGCUUCCUUGGCAGAUAGAUUGAUACAGGGACAAGUGACAAGGGCCCAGGAGGCUGAGGAAAACUACCUCAUAAAACGGGAGCUGGCCACCAUCAAACAGCAGAGUGAUGAGGCCAAUACUAAACUGGAGCAAGCUGAGAAUACCAUCAGGGAGCUCCAGCAACAGCAGCAAUGGCAUAAAUGCAGUUCACGAUACAGUGAAGACUUUGUGCUACAGCUGGAAAAAGAGCUGGUCCAAGCCAGGCUGAGUGAAGCAGAGUCCCAUUGUGCCCUGAAGGAGAUGCAAGAUAAAGUUCUAGAAAUGGAAAAGAGGAACAGCUCCCUCCCUGAUGAGGAAAAUGUUGCCAGACUACAAGAAGAACUGAUUGCAGUAAAAUUAAGAGAAGCAGAAUCUUUGAUGGGUCUCAAAGAACUAAGGCAGCAAGUCAAAGAUUUGGAGGAACACUGGCAGCGUCACCUAGCUCGUACCACUGGAAGAUGGAAAGAUCCUCCCAGAAAAAAUGCAGUGAAUGAGCUACAGGAUGAGCUGAUGACAGUGCGGUUGAGAGAAGCAGAAACUCAGGCUGAGCUGAAAGAGACCAAACAAAGAAUGAUGGAGGUGGAGACACAGAAUCAGAUCAAUAGUAAUCACUUACGAAGGGCAGAGCAAGAGGUUGCCAACCUACAGGAGAAGGUGCAGUAUCUUUCUGCACAGAACAAAGGACUCCUGGCUCAGUUGAAUGAAGCAAAACGUAGACAAGCAGAGAUUGAAUGCAAGAGUAAAGAAGAAGUGAUGGCAGUACGGCUCCGUGAGGCAGACCGCAUUGCAGCUGUGGCAGAACUUCAGCAGCAUAUUGCUGAAUUAGAAAUCCAGAAAGAAGAAGGAAAAAUUCAAGGGCAGCUUAAUACAUCUGAUUCUAACCAGUACAUCAGAGAUCUGAAAGAUCAGAUAGCUGAGCUGCAUCAUGAGAUCAAAUGUCUAAAAGGCCAGAGAAACUUCUCAGACCAACCCACUUUUGAUGGGAUUCACAUUGUCAACCAUUUCACAGGAGAUGAUGAAUCAUUUCAUUCUUCUGAUGAAGAUUUUAUAACUAACUCCAUACAGGAGAGUGGGGUGAACUUUCAUCUUCCCAGGAGGACUGGUCAGAUGUCUUUGGAUCACACACUUGUAGACAGCAGUGACAGUGAUACUGAGGAAAGUGCCCUUCAGACUGGGAAUUCAGACAAGAUGGUUUCUAAGCAGAGAAGAACAGAAUCUUACUCUACUACUGUGUGAUUAUCACUGUGACUAGCACUGAAGACUUCCAUAUUUCUUUAAGGCUGAAAUUUUGAGGGAACUGAAACCAUCCAGCAGUUGGUUUAGGUAACUAUUGGAUUUGGUCUGGCCUGUGAUACAUACAAGUACUGUCUAUCUGCCUUCUCUCUUUGCCAAAUCUUGCUAAUGACAUACCAUUGCCAUAAAACAGGCUGGGACGAAGUUGAUGGAUGACAGUUUUGACAGUAUUACUGAAUGUUCUUUGGUUUAGAAACUGCAAAUAUAUUAUUUCUUUAAUGUGUAAGAAGGAGUUUUGCUGUUCACAAACACAGGAAUUAUUUUCCUCAAAAGAAAUUGCUUUUGUGCAAUAUUUUAUGCUCUGAACAAAUGUGUAUGUUUUACGUUAUCCUUUUGUGAUCAAGAUGGACCCUAGUAAACCAUCUGAUCAUGACACAUAUAUAUAUAUAAUUAUCUUAUGCUUCUCAAUUAGUUUUGUUUUUUACUAAAGUUAUUGGAUGCCCACAGAAGGCUUGAAAGGCAAGCCUUUAUCUGUACUACUUCAUAUAUGCAAAUAAUGGUCACUAAUGUCAUAAAGGUGUUUUUCACCAUUUUCACUUAAAUCUAUGUGCAUCUGCUUUUGAUGUUGCUAAAUAAUAAAUGGUCUGGAUAUGUUAAUUACAAUAAUGUUUAUUUUGUACAUAUUUAUGUAUCUACACCAAGCUGAAAAUGUACAUUACUCCAUUUUAUAUGAGGAAUGUAAAUGUUGCGAUAUUACUGUCUCUGGUAUUCUAACAGGAAAAUGAAUUCUGUAUAUACACACUAAAAGUGAAUUACUAAAUAAAGGCAAAACACUAACUUUGCAUUAAGUUUCAGCCUAGCUACACUAACAGGCUCAUGUCAGAAAUGCUUGUUCAAAACACUAUUGACUGAAAUCUUUUACCUUCAUGUAUAUGUAAUGAAAAUAAAUUUUUCAUGAUUUAACAA